AUGGAGUUCUCCUCGCAGCAGAUCCUGCGGCUUUGCACGCUCUUCCACAGAGCCUUGCUGGCGCAAGACAAGGUGAAGGUGCAUAGCUUGGGCUGGGAGCUGCUGAAGAAGAAGCACCUACUGCGGCCCGGCGAGGCGUGCAUGGCGCUUAACCACUUCGCGCAGCUCAAGGUGCUUGACCACGAUCUUUGGCAAGGCUUCUCCGAUGCACUGCCGGAGGUCUUUGUUGAGAUCGACUGCAAGACGCUUGGCCUGACGACCAAUGCCUAUGCCCGGGCUAUGCUGAAGCAUGACGUUGCCUUCCAGCUGCUGGCACGCCGUGCUGAGACGCUGCUUAGGCAGGGGCGGAUGCAGGGUCGGCACAUGGCCAUGAUUGUGAAUGGUUUCUCCAAGCUGCGUGUGCGCGAUGAGGCGCUGAUGGAAGCGGUGUCCACAGAGGUCACAUCCUCCGCGGAAAAGCUGAAUGCCGUGGACUUGGCCUCCGUGGCGAAUGGAUACGCCCGGCUGUGGAUGCACGACAAGGAGGUCUUGGAUGCUUUGCGGGAGCCGACGAUGUCAGCGCUGCCGCAGUUCAACAUGCAGAACAUUGCAAUGAUAAUACAUGCACACGGCCGCUUCUUGCGCCACGACGCCGAGCUACUGGGCGCUUUACUGGCGGAGCUGCGGCGCCGAUGCGAGGCAAGCCGGGAGGUGGUGCCAGCCCACAACUUGGCGCCCAUUAUCCACGCCAUGGCCACACGAUUGUCCUGGUGCACGCCUGACUUCCUGAAAGUUGUGGACAUGUCACUUCCUACGGCCAUCAAGGAGAUGAAGCUGCCGGACACCUUCCUCACCGUGGCUGGCUUGAAGAAUAUCACUGGCUGGCAUGUCAGUCAGGAGCUGCGAAAUGCAGUGUUCAGUCACUGUUUGCAGCAGAUGCGGAGGUUCUCCAGUGGCGGUGUUGUCGCUGUGCUGGAACUCGCGCUGAAGCUCCAGCACCACUCUGUGGACUUUUGGAACAGGGCCCUCUCUGCUUGCCAAGAGUCUCUUGCAACAACUAGCUGGGAGCCUGCCAAUAUCGCCUCGCUCGCGCUGGUCCUUUCAGAGCUGCCCGAAGGCAUUGAGAAGGCAGAGCUUGUGGACGCGGUAGCGGAGAUGGCUCAAGGCUUGGAGGCAUUGCCCCUGGAGACUCUGGUGGACCUGGCAGCGGCAUUUGCCCGACUUUGUCGCCCGCAGGCACGCCUUUUCUCCGAAGCCGCAAGGCACUUCGCGCGGAUUCCGGCGGCGCCUGGAGAGGACCAGCCGAAGCGCCUGUUGGAGGCACUUUGGCGGAUGUCUCCAGAGAUGUUCGAGCAGCACCCAACUUUGUCCCAGGCCGCUGACGCCAUCAACCUGGAUCUCUCGCCAGGAAACUGCUGA